ACACGGAAGAAAAAAUUUUACCUUUGGGGAAAAAAAAAACAGCUUCAAAUUCAUCACACGUAUGUUUUUUUUUUUUCAGUUCAGUUUCUUAUAAACAUUGCUAACCUAUCUUCUUCCCAAUUCUCAUCAACUCCCCAUGAAUUUUAUAAAGUUUCCCACAAAUCAAAAUCACAACCUUUGCUUCUGAAAUUAUAUAUCAGCUUUUCUGUCGCUUUCCCGCGGGCAUGGUUAUUAUCAGUUCUUGAAAACCAUGUUAAAGUCCAAGAAUUUCGUUCAGAAACUGAUCAAGGUUUUCAAGUUGAGUUCUCGCAGAAAGGGCAACGGUGAAGAGGACUUGGGCCAGAUUGCUGCUCAGGAACAGAAGCAGUUUGCAUUUGAUACCUUAGUCUCAGCCACCAAAGAUUUUCACCCAACUCACAAACUUGGUGAAGGUGGAUUCGGACCUGUCUAUAGGGGGAAAUUGGCUGAUGGAAGAGAGAUUGCUGUAAAAAAGUUGUCCCAUUGCUCAAAGCAAGGGAAGAAAGAGUUCAUGAAUGAGGCUAAGCUCUUAGCACGAGUCCAGCACCGGAAUGUUGUAUCUUUGUUAGGAUAUUGCGCACACGGAACAGAGAAGCUAUUGGUUUAUGAAUAUAUUGCUAAUGAGAGUCUUGACAAGUUUCUCUUCAAACCCAAUAGAAGAGAGCUGCUUGAUUGGAAGAAGAGGCAUGAUAUAAUAACUGGUGUUGCACGAGGAUUGCUUUACCUUCAUGAGGACUCGCACAAUUGCAUCAUCCACCGUGACAUUAAGGCUAGCAAUAUUUUACUCGACCAUAAAUGGGUUCCUAAGAUUGCUGAUUUCGGUAUGGCUCGCCUCUUCCCUGAAGACCAAACACAUGUCAAUACCCGUCUAGUGGGUACAAAUUCAUAUAUGGCUCCAGAGUACGUCAUGCGAGGGCAUUUAUCAGUGAAGGCAGAUGUAUUUAGCUUUGGGGUUUUGCUUCUGGAGCUUAUCAGUGGUCAGCGAAAUUCAACAUUUAACCAAUCAGUUGAGGCUCAGAAUUUACUUGAUUGGUUAAGGUAUCGAAUGACAUUUGCUUGGUUAAGCUUGCAGGCAUAUAAGCUGCACAAAAAGGGCAAGAGUCUGGAGGUUAUGGAUCCAACAUUAACAUCAUCAGCAGACAAUGAACAAGUAAAAAUGUGCAUUCAUAUAGGGCUAUUAUGUACACAAGGUGAUCCACAGUUACGGCCGAAUAUGGGACGCGUAGUCAUAUUGUUGGCGAAGAAACCUGGCAAUCUAGAAGAACCAACCAGGCCUGGAGUAAUCAGUUCCAGAUAUGGAGGAUCUCGCCGGCCAUCAUCUUCUGCCAGAACGUCAAGUGAUUCUUAUUCCCGAACCUUUGAUUCAAGCUUAAACACUAAUACAGCUACAGCAUCGACCUCAACUCAGACCAGUUUGAGAUUAGAUCCUCGCGGAAAACGUCCCAUUAGUGAAUAGAAAAUUUUGGAUAUUCUUUGCAUUAUAGGUCUAAAAUUUUUAUAGUUUGUAAAUGUUAAUUCAAAAUUGCUUAUGAGGAAUAGUCUGGAGUUCAGAGUCUUUCUAUUUAUUUAUUUUAGAUUAAGGAAGAGACCUAGACCACCUGCUGUUACUUGAUCCAUGUGGGCCUCCAUCGAAAAAAAAGACUUAUGAGGAAUUGAGAUAAAAGCUUUUUUUAAUAUAUAACAUUUAUUAUUGUCUUUU